GGAGUCCUUAUUAGAGCAGCCCGGGCAGCUCCGGCGGCACUUGCUCGUAAUCUCAUGUGAGGGCCGUUAGCUGAGCUCACCUGCCUAGGCUGGCCGAGUUCACCGAUGGCCGCGCUGACGCUGACCUGCAACGGGAGGCUCAGGAGAUUCCUCAGAGAGCAGAAACUCUGCCCGAUCUGCGACCAGUUCGUCUUCGAAAGUGACUUCAUUGAGGUGACGGAGGCCGGGAAGAGGUCGAUAAGCACGGGCGGGACGACAGUCAUCACGGUGGGGAUCAUUUCUUCCGAUUCCAGCCUCCCGCUGCCAGACGCCAUGCUCGUGGCCACGUACACCAAGGAGAGCAAUUGGGCCGUGGGAAGGGGGGGGAUAACCGAGGCGGAUGAGGGGGGUCGGGGGCGGCAGGAAGGUGCUGGUCCCACGGUGCCCGAUGGCAUGAGGCUCAAGAGCCUGCUGGCCCUGGAGGCUGUCAAGCUGUCCGUCCUGAGCACCGAGUGGCAGCAGCUCAAAGUGGAGCUUCCCAACAAGCUGGAGUACCGCCUGCAGCUGCUGGUGCCCGAGGGGCUGGAGAAGCUGGUGUUCAACAUGUGGGUGGCACUGCUCAACAGGUUGAGUGAUGCAAACCCCUUGGAGCAAAAGAAGGUGGUGAGCCCCCCAGAAGACAUGGUGAAUGCCCACGAGAACGUGAUCCUGGAGAGCAAAUUCGCAGAGGUCAAUGAGGACGGGCAAACGUCCAGCAUCCGUGCCAGCCUGCCAGUGGUCAGUGUGCUCGUGGUGUCGACCAAUCCGUUCUUAUCCAUGCCUGACCUCAUGCUGGUGGGCCUGCCCACAAACGGGCGACAAGAUCGAGAAGAGUCGGAGAGCCAGUGCCACCAGUGGGAGGACAGGAGUCGCUACAUGGGCACCGAGCUGAGCAGGUGCCUGCCCUUCAGCGAAAUGAAACUGAGCGUCUACAGUGAGGAGCGGCAGCAGCUCAAGGUGGCGCUCUCCACCGGUCAGGUGCACUACCUGCGGCUCCUGGCCGCCCCACACCGACGGGAGCUCCUCUUUGGCCAGUGGAUCCAGGUGGUCAACAAACUCAACGAGGUGGCACCUCCUGAGGAGGAGGAGGAGGAAGAAGAGGAGGAGGAAGACAAAGAGAAGGAGGAGGAGGAGGAGGAGGAGGAGAUGGCGGCAGAACCGCGCGAAGAGGAGGAGGAGGUGAUGGCGGUGCCUCCUGUGAUACGAAGGGAGAGCAAAGAGAUGGAGCUCCUCGGCAGGGAAGAGGAAGAGCAAAGGGAGGAGGCUGCUGCAGCGUCACAAGAAGAAGCUGCACAGUCACAGCCGGCGAAUGUCCAGGCGAGGCGAGAACUUCCCCAGCUCCCACCAGAUGCCAAAAAAGGUGCAGGCAAAAAAGGAUUCGGCGAACGUGGCGGGACAUCCAGUCAGGACAAGAAGAAGAAAACGACCCGCCUCAGUGUCUUCAAAAAGAAGAAGUAA